UGAAAUCUUCUAAGAAUGCAUCUGAUUCCUCAUCCCAUCAUACCUUACUUGCCGUUAAAUCUACUGGUACUGGUUCACCUUCCUCCUCCCAGAAUAAUUCUGGAGGGAGAAAUCGGGGAAGGAAUAACAGAAACAGAGGUGGUAAUAAUAAUCGUGGGGGCAACAAUGCUCGGAAUAAUAAUGGUUGGAAUGGUGGCAACAAUAAUAAUCGUGGCUCUGGAGGAAACAACAACAACAAUGGUAAUCGGGGACGCUCAAAUGGUAUAAGUAAAUUUCUAACUUGUCAUCCUAUAGUAUGCCUUGCCUAGAUUAUAUUACUAAUAAUUUGUCGUCUGCAGGGAGUAAUUCAUCGAAUAGUAACAAUGUUACCUCUACCCCUACUUUCCGAUACAUGUGGUUUGUGUUGGUUUCCAGGUCACCAAGCUGCCUACUGUCCCCACGUUUCAAUCAUAACUUUGUUCCCUCCUCCUCAGAAAGUGUCACUGGAGCCUUAGCUGCACUGUCUGUUGGUGGUGAAAUCAAUGACUCAGUCUGGUACCCGGAUUCGGGAGCUGCAUCCCACAUGACUCCUCAGGAUGGACCAGAUAACGGGGGAAGUUCUGCUUCAGGGAACCAGUAAGCAAGGUGUCUACCCUCUACAGCCCAGCAUUGUCCCUCCUGAGCCUUCUGUUCCUGCUUUCCUAGCCACUAAGGAGUCGGGUGACGUGUGGCAUGCUCUCUGGGUCAUACAUCUUCUAGCAUUAUAGGAAAAUUAUGUUCAAAUAAAUACAUCACAUGUACCUCUAAGUUUCAUGAUGAUUGUGUAGGAUGUAA